CUUCUCUCGCAAGCGCACUCAUGCAUUCCAAGCUUCCCCCAGAGCUCGAAUGCUACAUCUUCGAAAUCUUCUCUGCUGCUGAGCCCCAAUCCACACUAAUCCUCCUACGUGUUGCUCGGCGCGUCAAAUACUGGUCAGUAUGAGCCAUCCAACCAGUCUCGGUCGCUUGAUAAGCUGGGUAGGCUCGAGCCGUUGCUCUACCGCACGAUCCUGCGAUCUCCAGAAACCACCAGCAAAUUCACCGACCGCGUCCUGUCCGAUCUGCUCGUGUCGAAGCCGCAACACUGCCGCGAUGCCGUGCGGAACGUGAUGUUCUACCACAUAUCGGAUGCAGCGACGCUGGGCAUCGUGCAGCGCUGCCGCGGCAUGCAGAAUGCGUGGAUGCACGGCCCGAUCGGUGCGAAAGGCGUGUUUGCGGGUCUUGCCGCGCUGCCCCGUCUCGAGCGGCUGCACUGCGACGCCUCGUUCUUGGGCCACCUCGCCGACGCGCCGCCGCACGCGUUUGCGCGGCUGUCGCACCUGGAGCUCUUUGACAGUGCGCCAGCGCUCAAGCACGUGGAGAGCCUCGCCACUGCGCUCCCAGCGCUCACGCACCUGGCGCUGAACGACCUCGGGGCGCAGGACCUCGAGGUGUGUUUGCAGAUCCUCGAUCGAUGUUCCGAACUGCGUGUCCUUGCGAUCCUGGAGACGCCGGUGAUGCUCGGACUUGAUAUGGAUAGCGACGAGAAUCUGCAGGACGCGGAACGUGAUGUGUUCGAGUCCACUCUCCGGCUGGUGCGGAUAUUUUUGGAGCGGUAUACAGAGGAUUGGACGUCUGGCGUGUUGACCGGCAGGGAUUUCUGGCAACGUGCGGAAGAAUUGGUGGCGAGACGAGGUAUUUACGUCAGCGAAGCUCGUACAUUUCGAGUUGCUUCACAUUAGCUGGGGCUCCGCUUUCAUUCAUUUUGCGGAUAGAGCUCGAUCCUCGAUUUGUGCAAAGUAGCGUCCGCAGCGUUUCAUGUACCAUCUCGAACUUAACUUCAGGUCAUCGGUCAUGGGAGCGCAGGAAGUGAAAGUGUCUAUGGCAGGUCACUGGUCACCAGCGGCCCUGAAGUUAAGCCCAAACGAGGAUAGUUCUACACCACGAGAUUUUUAUCGACUAUAGUUUCAUCAAUACGAGCUGGGUCUAAAAUCUAGUGCUCACUGUGAUCCC